AUGGUGUCUGAGGCUGAGAAAGCUCGCAUAUCUCCUUCUCUUCAGAGUGUUACACAAGAGGAGUUGGGAGAUCAGACGCCUUUGAACGCACAUCACAGAUCGAGAUACCAACGAUGGGCGGGAAACAUCAAGGGCCUCGAGGCCCGUGGAAUUGAGCGAAUCCCGGUUGAGGAACGCUUGAAGGCUAACCCAUCGAUAUCGCUUCAUAUGCUGCUUAUGUGGUUCAGCAUGGGGAUGUCCUUAAACAACAUGGUCGUCGGAUCGAUGGGAACACUGGUUAUGAAGUUAAGCUUCGCAGAUGCUGCUCUCUGCGCAAUAUUCGGAAAUCUUUUAGGAGGCUUGACGGUUGGGUACAUGAGCACCUGGGGGCCUAGAAGUGGGAAUCGCACUCUUAUAGUGACCCGAUAUUUUAUGGGGUACUACCCUAGCAAGAUCUGCUGCUUGCUGAACGUGCUUACGAACUUGGGGUAUGGAAUGAUGAAUUGCAUGAUCGGCGGCCAAUUACUAUCAAAAAUAUCAGGCGGGAGCGUAUCAGUCGCCGUUGGUAUAAUUAUUGUCGCGCUUGCGAGUUUGGUGAUGGCUACAUUUGGGAUGCAGAUCUUUCAGUACUAUGAAAGAUAUGCCUGGUUCCCGCAGUUGAUGGUACUUUGCAUUAUCACCGGUUCGGCAGGGCCCCAGUUUGAUUUCCAGAGCCCGUCGGUGGGUUCCUCGGGGGAAGUCAAUGCCAAACGUCUGGCAUUCUUCUCUCUGUGUUUGUCUGUGGCCCUCUCAUGGGCACCGUUAGCUGCAGACUAUUAUGUCUACUAUCCGCCCACUAUAAGAAAAUGGAAAAUAUGGUCAAUGACAACGAUUGGUGGAUGUCUGGCGAUGAUCAUCACUCUUCUACUUGGAGUCGGUCUCGGAAGUGGUGUGGCGAACAAUCCAAGAUGGGCUGCGAUAUAUGAUGGUACUCCCGGAAGCUUAUUGAUGGCUGGUUAUGGUAGACUUGGCGGCUUUGGCAGGUUCUGCGCGUUCAUCAACGUUGUGACGGUAGUUUCCAAUAAUGCCCCGGGCUCAUAUUCCAUGGCUAUGAAUUUCCAGAUGCUCGGACAUGUGUGGUCGAAUAUCCCCCGUCCUGUCUUCACUAUUACCACCACUGUGGUAUACACGGCAUGCGCCAUUGGAGGCCGUGACUUCUUGUACGAAAUAUUCAAGAGCUUCCUGCCACUUAUUGGUUAUUGGGUUGUCAUCUGGUUCACAAUUGUUGCGGAGGAAGACUUGCUCUUUCGACAUGGAGGGUAUGACUGGUCUGCGUGGAACUGCAGGCAGAAGCUGCCAGUGGGGGUCGCUGCUGGCCUAGCUUUCCUAGUUGGCUGGGCGGGAGCAAUUGUAGGAAUGGAUCAAGUGUACUAUACGGGACCGGUCGCGAACGCGGUCACUGGAGGCUGUGACCUAGGAAUAUGGCUCGGUUUCGGCUUCACGGCCCUCGCUUUUCCCCCACUAAGAAUGCUGGAGUUGAGGGUGAUUAGCCGCUAA